GGGGCCAGUCAUCAGGCAGCCUUUGCACUGAGGCUCGGUGUAAAUGUGCUGGAGGUUCUGCAGCCGCUGCGCCUGACAUUGAGUAGUGAGGCACAGCCAGAGAGAAUCCCAGCCACGACUCUUAAGGAGAACAAAGGAGAAGCCGUCGGGGAGGUCCAGCCUGCAGCAUUUUGUUGGGCCGUUAUUAUUUUUUUCACACACACACACACAUUUUUCCUGCUCGCAUGUGUUUUGCGCUGCAAGAUCUGGUGAAAGCCGAAGGAAGGAGGGGAAUUAACUGCACGCCAUGGAAAACUGAGAGCAUCGAUCUCUUAGCUGUCCUCGAUUGCACUUUGUGUCUGAUCAAAGGGAACCACAACAACAGAAAGCCCCUCGUUGCAGCGCGUGGAUCUUUGUGCCCCUCUUCUUGGCAGCGGCGGCGCGUCUCAUGUGGAAGACCCUCGCUUUCCUCGCUCGGGGACCGGAGUUUGCCUGCAGAAAAGCCCCCCAACCCCAUGACCAAGUCACAUCUCGAUUUGUCGGUGGAGCUUUUCGCUGACCAUAUGAAGUUAAAUGAUCCCUCGUUAUUUUUUGUUACAUUUCUGGAUGGUCCUCGCUAUCAGUGAAAAGCUUCAGACGCCAUCUACAGUUAAAACGUAGGCAAAAAAAAAAAAAAGAUUCCCCCCCCCUUGGACUCUAUUAAAGCAUCAAGAACAAUCGUCUGUUGCACCAGAUCACCUAACCUUUUCUUUUCGAAAGCGGGGUUAAUAGCUUGGAAGAGAAUCCAGAGCAGGGACCUGCCUCCCCUCCCCCGCCCCGGUUUGGCUUUUGAGUAGCGGAGUUACUCGCGGGGCCGCAGUUUGUAAGCGCGCCCCGAUUGCCCACUCGAGUUACUUUGGGGGGUCCAAAAAAACCCACGCAGCGUCAGAACCCACCGCGCCGGCCUUUGCUGGGCAGAACCGACCUGCCGCUUCCCCGCCUCUGCUUGAUCAAACCGGGCUGUGAGCCCCUCCGAAGCAACCUGCCCUCUACGACGACAGGCACGAAGGCAUUGUUCUUGCUGGCCCCGUGGCGAGGGACCUCCGGCAACCCGAGGGGGUGUCCGCGCUUCGGGGAGGGGGGGUUUCUCGGAGAGGUUUGCGCUCUCCAUCCCCAUGAACAUACAAAGGUCAACCCCCAUCACGAUCGCGCGCUAUGGCAGACCUCGGAACAAAACCCAGGAUUUCGAAGAGCUCGCGUCCAUAAGACCCACCGAGUCCAGCCAGAGUUUUAGCCCCAACCUCGGCUCGCCGAGCCCGCCAGAGACUCCCAGCUUGUCGCAUUGCGUUUCUUGCAUCGGGAAAUACUUAUUGUUGGAGCCUCUGGAAGGAGACCACAGCUUCCGAGCGGUGCAUCUGCAUAGCGAGGAAGAGCUGGUUUGCAAGGUGUUUGACAUUGGCUGCUACCAAGAGUUACUUGCGCCAUGUUUUUGUCUGGCUCCCCACGAUAACAUCAACCAGAUAACCGAAAUAAUUCUGGGGGAGACGAAAGCAUAUGUGUUCUUUGAAAGGAGCUAUGGGGACAUGCAUUCCUUUGUCCGCACCUGCAAGAAGCUGAAGGAGGAGGAGGCGGCCAAGCUGUUCCAUCAGAUUGUGUCUGCCGUGGCACACUGUCAUGAUGGUGGGCUGGUACUGCGGGAUCUCAAGCUGCGGAAGUUCAUCUUCAAGGAUGAAGAAAGGACUAGAGUAAAACUGGAGAGCCUUGAAGAUGCUUACAUUUUGCGAGGAAACGAUGAUUCUCUUUCCGAUAAGCAUGGAUGCCCAGCCUACGUGAGUCCAGAGAUCUUGAACACAAAUGGCAGCUACUCUGGCAAGGCAGCAGACGUGUGGAGUCUAGGAGUCAUGCUUUAUACGAUGUUAGUUGGACGGUAUCCUUUUCAUGACAUUGAGCCUAGUUCACUCUUCAGCAAGAUCCGCCGUGGGCAGUUCAGCAUUCCAGAGACUCUAUCUCCCAAGGCAAAAUGCCUUAUACGUAGCAUCCUGCGCCGGGAGCCCUCAGAAAGGCUGACUUCACAGGAAAUUCUGGACCAUCCUUGGUUUUCUACAGAUUUUAAUGUGUCUAAUUCAGGAUAUGGUGCUAAGGAAGUAACAGAUCAGCUGGUGCCUGAUGUCAAUAUGGAGGAGGACUCGGACCCAUUCUUUAACUGAGCAUUAGGACCAGUGUUCAAAGACUGCAUGGUCUUGGAAAGGACCGAUAUGAAGGCAGUCCUUUCUGACCAUGCAGAAUUAUAUCUGUGGCUCAGCCUGUCUUGAUAGCAAGAGAAGAAGAAGAAGAAAAAAAAACACCUUGGCAUUCUUUUUGUUGUUGUUUGUUGGGAAAGGAGAUGUCCAAGAAAUGAGCUAGUUGAUGACAGUGUAGUAUGAGGACAGGUGGGCAGGCGGGAGGAACCAUUGCUAUCAAGUUAGAUUGACAGGGCAAAAGAAGGCAAGCAUGGAGCAGCUGUAGCUUCUCAUCUUUAUGAAGCCAAGGACACUGCACAACCAAGUUCCCGUGCAGCCACUAAGCCACUCCUGAUUCUGUUUCAUUCAAAUACGUACAGUUCCCAGUGAAUAGAAACUUUUGCCUCAAAUUGCAUCUUGGCAUCGCACUGUUAGAUAUUUAACUUCAGCCAUUAUUCAGGGAAGGUACAAUUAGCUAUUAUUUGAUUCUGUUUUUUUUUCCCUAUUUUACUUUUAAAAAACAAACUGAUGUUAACAGCUAAAACUGACUUUAAUUUUCAGGGGGUGGGUGGGACAUGCACAAAGAAAGACGUGAGAAGUGGGUGCUAAACAAAGUUUUGGUUCAUGUCUGUUGGUAUAGCUAUUCACAAUUCUGAAUAAACUAUUUGUUGUGGGGGUUUUUUGCCAGGAGAGAAAUGUUUUGUGAAGGAGUGUCACUUUAACAAGGCAUUAUGGGCUGGUUUUUGUCAAUUUUUUUUGUUUUGUUUUGUUUCAGGAAGCAUUUUUAAUUCAGACUUCCGGAUGUAUUUGACUGUUCAGAUGAGAAAAGAAGAAAAGCAUUCUUGCUCUUUUUUAUGUUUGUAAUGCUGGCUUCUCUUUUACCAAGCUGUGCAUAAAUUUGACCACAGAGGACAAAUCCCCCUUUUGGAUAACUUUUUUUUUUUUUAAAGAAACUUAAUCCUGUAACCAGCUUUUCCUCUGACUGGCCCAAAUGUGAACAGAGGGGCUCUUUAUUAUUGAAGAUAAAUAAGGCAUUUCCCCCUUCUGAGUUGUUGGAAAGGCAACAUCUUGGGUUUCCUUUCCUUUCCUUUUUUUUUUAAAGAUAGUGUUUUAAUUUCCUUCUCAUUGAAUUACCCUGAAUUUAAUAUAAGAGGGUAUUAUUAAUAAGCUGAAUGUUCUGGGAUACAGAUCUGAAAAAGUACAUGGUAAUAUGCACCUUUUGUAUUGUCAAGACUUAUUUAUUGAUGAAUCUGUCACAGUUGUGAUGAAUUAAGCCAGUACUUCAAUUACGGGUUGACUUGAGGUGACAUGUUACGUGCGGUAGUUAACACCUUAAAUUUUUCUCUUCAGGUAUUCCUGGCCCUGAAUGAUAGUUUCUGUGUUUUUUUUUUUUUAAAAAUAUUUUUUCCCAACUCUUUUUCCUUAGAGAGCUUUCAUUUUGAUUUAGACCGGCAAAUGAUUUUUUUUUAUUACUGCAUUUAUAUUGCUGUAUGGUAUUUGGGGGAAACAACACACACAAAUCUCUUGGCAUAAAUAUUUGUGUUUCCAGUACCUCAGUUGUUCUGAUGUUACUGCCUUGUAUGCGUUUUUGUGAAGUGGUCAUGUUUUUUGGGUAGGUACAUGUGGACUCUGUAGUAUGUAAAUGUUACUUGAAUUUUGUGCUUAAUUAUAGUAUGUGGCAUGUGUGUAUGGCUACUUGGCAUUUGACAUAUGGAUGCUAUUUGCCUGCCCUGCAGGAAGAUUUCGAUCCCACUCUCCAGACGAUGGUUCACAGUUCCUUAUCAAGAAACAAAGCUGCAGCUGACCUGCCUUGGUUCUAUUUUGGUAUCUAAGAAUAUAAAGGAGUAAUGUUUUUACACUCUGAAGAUGGUGCUGUGUUGAGGGACUUUUUUUU